GGUACAUGUACACCCUUAUCUUACAGCUUGUGGACAAGUGCUAGAAAAAAAAUUGCGAGGUGUUCUUUAUGGCAUUUGAUAAAGAUCGGGGUACGUGCGUCACUUACCUGCGCCCACCUGUGUGUGGGUUGUGGCUGACAUCAGACAGUAUUUUGCUCCAAUGAAGAUCCCAUAAUUGUAGGCUUUUCUUUCUUAUAGUGUAGCCACGAAAUUUUGUCCGUGACGUACAUCGGUCAUCUAAAGAAACAUUACAAGUAACCGGUAAGUCUUUUACUUAUUUGUGUCGAAACAAAAUGCGAAGGUGCAAGGUGUAGUUUAGAGACAAAGUGGAUCAGAUUGACUUUUCACUAUGGCGACGGCAGUGCAGACUUACGACAGAGAGUGUGCUGUGUGCAAUAAUGUCUUCAAGGUACCCAAGAUUCUACCCUGUGGUCAUCUCCUGUGUCGCGAAUGUGUCAUUUCCUGGAUGGACUCUAAAUCUUACGCUGGAUGUCCUUUCUGUACUUGUCAUAUAGCAGGGCAUCAAGUACAUUCAUCUCAAAGUUCAUCCGAUGUUGCCGACGCCCUGCCUACAGACUCUGUGAUGGAAGCCAUAGUAGAAAGUUCUGGCGUGCUAGAGCAGAAUAACAUGUGCACUAUAUGUGAUGACGUCACAGCUGAUUAUAUCUGUAAGGAGUGUGGGGAAAAGAUGUGUCCAUCGUGUAUGAAGAUACACAAGAAGAUGGUAGCCACCCGUAGUCACGAUGUGGAGAGUGUCAGCACUGUGACACCUGAACGUCUGGCUGCCAGCCGCCCUGCACUGUGUGCUGACCACGGCGACAAACAGGCGGACAUAUUUUGCUCUGACCACAACCUUGUUAUCUGCAAAUCGUGUUUUUCUAACAAACACAGUCAAUGCCAGGACGUCAAGUAUCUGGAUACGAAAAUGAAGUCAGCUGACAACAUACUCGGUUCUUUAAAAGAGGAAUUGUCUAAGGCGGAGGAUAACUUUAAGCAAGCAAUAGGGAAUCUGCACGAGCGCGUGCAAACAGCAAAUGUCGCUAAACAGGAAAACAUGGCGCUGGUGGACAAGACAUGUGACCGACUUCAGAAGGUAGUGGAGGAGUGUCGUAAACAACUGAAGAAACUAAUUAGUGAUUCUAUUGCUAAAUUCAAAAAAACCUUGUGUGACGUCAAAAGUGAGCUGGACAAACGUUUAGGGAAAGUGACGUCACACAAACAUCUCGUGACGCGAGCCACAACGGUCAGACCGCGUCCCGCGCUGAUACACGCAGCCCAGACUCUGACAGACAGGGUCAACAGCCUCCAUCUCAGUAAUGAACUGGAACCAGAUGCUUGGGUGAAUCCAUCGCCAGAAGUAAGGAAACACUGUGAUGACGUGGUGAAGGUGAUGAACGCUGAGCUCCGGAGCCUGCAGCAACAUUUGACAGACGCUGAAGUAAGUAACUUGUUAUCUGUUACAUGUGCUCCAUAUCUCCCCAACACUCCUAUUUCAGCGAUACAUCAUGUUCUUGUAUUCCGAACGCUGCAUGUUAGGUAA